AUGGAUGAGAUCGCUAAGCACUCGGCCUCGUAUCAGCUCGACCAAGAAAUAUUAGACGCUCGUGGCAUCAACAUGACAGUUGAGGAAGUGGCCGGUCUUCCAACCAGUAAGUACUCGGCAAGAGUACAGGCGCUGCAUCUGAAUGUGGACGACUUCAACUUCCUCAAGGGCCUGCGGCGCAGAAUAAAAAAUAGGCUUGCAUCACAGAACAGCCGUAGACGCAGCAUGGAGCAUCUACGAAGGCUGGCGAAAGAGCUGAGAGCUGUUAGGGCUUGUAGGGACGACGCAUUAGCGGAACGUCGAAGUCUACUAGCACGCAGGGAUCUUAUUAGGGCACAUUGUACGCGACUGAGGCGCCAUCUUGUCCAGAUUUUACGUGAGAGAUCAGACCCGACAGAAGUGCCAGAAGAAGAAAUAGAAGAAGUAAGCAUAGAUGAAUCUCAAAACGACCCGUCCAAUGAGAGUCCUAGGAAAAUCGCAGAAACCAAACCCCUUAUAUCUAACUAUAAGAAUAGAAUAGAAGACACGAAGUGCUUCCAAGAGGUUAUGGAAAAGGAGAGAAUAAAGGAUAUAUUUGUUGAGGAUUUAGAAGAAGACAUGAAGGUCUUCGAAUGUCGUAUAGACAAACUUGUUCAACAGAGUGUCAAUCAUAUAUACAAAGGGAAGGACUUGAAGAGAGUCUGCGCCAAAACUAUUUUUAUAACUGAAAAGAGUAUGAAGAUUGAAAGUGUGGAUAAUACAAAAGUAGCGGGCGAGAAUGGAGUUCUUAAUCUCUCUUUGAAGCAGGAGAGGAGAAAGAGUCACGGGAGGAAGCAGUCCGCUCCAAGAAGGAUUGCUUAUGUUUAUCCUGAUGUUAAUGAUGACGUCCUUGAUCUUAAAAUAAAGAAGGAGCCGCAGUGA